CAGAGCACACAUAGGGCCAAAUGAGUGUGAGGUGCCAAUGGAUUCUGCGUAUCCGGUGUGUGCCGAAAAAGUGGAGUUCCUGCAGUCACGCUGGCAGUCAGACCCCUGCUAUGCAUUUUAUGGGGUGGAUGGUAGCACCUGCUCCAUAUUGACUUACCUAAGCCAAAUAGAAGACUUUUGCCCCCCUCACCUCGGGAGGAACCACUCUGCACUGCCAUGGCACAAGAAACCUCACACUUAUACAGAAAAGGCUGAGAUACGAACGUCUCUAAGCCAACUGUAUGAAGUCAUCGGCAACAACAGUGGUCCUGCAAUAGACUUCAUCCGGUCCAGAGUGGACAGGAUGUCUGAACAGUGGAUACAGGCUGGUCUGAGGAUGGGGCACAACAGCAACAAGACAGUCUCCAACCAGAUGAGGGUGCUGCUGUAUCCGGGUGCCCUGGCCGGGACUGUUGGUCAGCGUUUUGAAGCCAUGGUGGAAAGAGGGGGGCCUCUUGGGGAGCUGGUCCAGUGGGCAGACCUCAGUGCCUGUCUGAUAAUCCUGGGCCACAACAUAACCUUCAGCACCUCACAGCACCAACUCCACAGCCUGAUAGGUGCUGCUCCUGGCCGAGGCAGUUGUCCAAUCCAGAGGCCCCUGACCUUUGACCUCAUCUAUACCGACUACCAUGGCCUUGCUCACCUUCAAGGAGCCAUGGGACUGGCUUUUCAGCAUUACCAGUGCCGCUUCAGAAUCCUGGAUUCUUUUGGCACUGAACCUGCCUUUAACCUGGGGAGUUAUGCUCAUAGCCACGGAUAUAAAACACUGUGGGGCAGAUGGGGUCUCCAACCUCUGCAAUACAUGACCAUGUUCCCUCACACUCCUGAUAACUCCUUCCUGGGCUUUGCGAGUGAGGAGGCAGUGAGGGCGGAGGUGAGAGAGGAGGAGCUGGAGCCAGAGAUCCACAGGAAAGACAGGAUAGCAGUUGUCUACGGCAAACAGGACUACAUGUGGAAGGGUAGAUCUGAGUAUGUGGAGGUGAUCAGUGAGGAGCUGGAGACCCAUGCCACAGUCUUUCAGCCUCCAGGACACACCUCUAAUCUGCCCAGCUUUAUCAGAAACCAUGGCCUGCUGACUCAGGAACACUUCCUACAACUUCUCCGCAGAGCCAAGGUGUUUGUAGGCCUUGGUUUUCCCUAUGAGGGUCCGGCUCCUAUUGAGGCAAUAGCUCUGGGCUGCAUCUUCCUUCAACCACAAUUUGACCCACCACACUCAUCAGACAACAAUGACUUCUACAAGGGCAAACCCACCACAAGACAGAUCUCCUCCCAGCACCCUUAUGCUGAAGAAUUCAUUGGUAAACCUCAUGUGUGGACUGUGAACAUGACCAACAGCACCGAUGUACGAGAGGCAGUCAAAGCUAUUCUAAGCACAGAGGUGAAGCCUUUCACCCCCCGAGAGUUCACCUGUGAGGGAAUGCUGGAGCGGGUUCAUGGUUAUAUCACUCACCAGGAGUUCUGCAGUAAAUCUGUCCCUAUUUGGCCACCAGAAAGUGCUCUAAGGGUGCACCUGGGUCCCCUGGGCCAGUCGUGUGUGAGUGUGUGCCGACACUCCUCCCUGGUGUGUGAGCCUGCUCUGUUUCACCACCUCAACAGUCCCUCCGCGUUCACCAGGCUUGGACUAGGCUGUUCCAGCGUGGGGCCGGAAAUCAACCACCUGUUUCCUGCCUACAAUCCUUGGGGUCGACACUGUGGCCUUCAGCAGGAGCCUCUACUGUUCAGUUGUGCUGGCUCUGACCCUUCGCACCGCAGACUGUGCCCCUGUAGAGCUCACCUACCUGGACAGGUGGCACUGUGCCCUGACUGCAUCUAAACACAACUGUGAAAGAACCUGGGAAACAGCACGGAGAGAAGAGGAAAAGUUAGUAGGGUUAGGGAGACAAAGACGACCGAUGAGCCAUCUGCAGUGCAUACUGUAU